AUGGAGUUAGGAAGCAUAGUGCAAUUCCUUGAAGAUAAAACCAUCUUAGUCACCGGUGCUACUGGCUUCCUUGCAAAAAUUUUUGUGGAAAAGAUACUUAGAAUUCAACCAAAUGUGAAAAAAAUUUAUCUUCUUUUGAGAGUCACAGAUACUAAAUCUAUGGAUCAUCGCUUUCGCCACGAGAUCAUAGGGAAGGACUUGUUCAGAUUGCUAAAGGAAACACUUGGAGCAAACUUCAAUUGUUUUGUAUCAGAAAAGUUGAGUGUGGUGUCUGGAGAUAUCUCUCAACAGAAUUUGGGUUUGAAGGACUCCAUUCUAAUGGAUGAGAUUCAUAAUCAAAUAGAUGUUAUAGUUAAUGUGGCUGCAACAACUAACUUUAAUGAAAGAUACGACGUAGCAUUGGGUAUCAAUACAUUAGGAGUUAAAAAUGUCUUGAAUUUCGCCCAAGAGUGUAAUAAACUCAUGAUGCUUCUCCAUGUUUCAACAGCUUAUGUAUGUGGUGAGGGAGAAGGACUGAUAUCAGAAGAUCCACACCAUAUGGGCAUGUCACUGAAUGGAGUGCCAGGAUUGGACAUUGAAAAGGAAAUGAAAUUGGUGAAACAAAAAUUGAAUCAGCUUCAGCUGGAAGGAGCAACCCAACAUGAAAUUAAACUUGCCAUGAAGGACUUGGGCAUGGAAAGAGCAACUCUAUAUGGAUGGCCAAAUACAUACGUCUUUACAAAAGCAAUGGGCGAAAUGCUUUUCACAACUUCAAAAAGAAACAUCUCUAUUGUUAUUAUACGUCCUACGAUAAUCACCAGUACUUACAAAGAACCUUUUUCAGGUUGGAUCGAAGGUGUAAGAACUAUAGACAGUAUUGCUGUUGCGUAUGGUACCGGAACAUUACCAUGUUUUAUUGGAGAUAUGAAGGGAGUUACCGAUGUGAUACCAGGUGACAUGGUGGUAAAUGCAAUGCUGGCAGCGAUAACGGCACAUGCAAAUCAGCAUAGCGAUGAUAUUACCAUAUAUCAUGUGGGUUCCUCUGUUAGCAAUCCUGUGACACUCCACAAUAUCUGCAAAUCCGCGUUUCGAUAUUUCACUGCAAAACCUUGGAUAAAUCGAGAUGGAAAGCCUGUCAAAGUUAAAAAACUUAUCAUGUUGAAUAACCUGGCAACCUUUCGCAUAUACAUGUUCAUUUGCUACUUGCUUCCUUUGAUGGUACUUAAUCUGGUGAAUAAAGUUUUUUACAAGAAUUUCCAAGAAGUAUAUACCAACUCUUCCAGAAAGAUCCAUGCUAUUAUACGAAUGGCUGAACUUUACAAGCCUUAUGGAUUCUUCAAUGGCAUAUUUGAUAAUAUGAACACAGUAAAAUUGUUAGCAGCGGCAAGACAGGGCAUGGACCCAGAAGAAAUGGGUCUGUUUAACUUUGACCCAAAAGUUAUUGAUUGGGAUGACUACUUCAUCAAUAUCCAUUUUCCUGGUGUCGUCAAGUCUGCCUUCAAGUCAUAAUUAAACAUGUUCUUCACAUUAUAAAAGUUGUAUGUGCGUGGCACUUUAUUAUAUAUUUUCUUAUGAUAGUUGAAAAAUAUUACUACUUACAAUAAAGGAUGCUUUGAGUUUUAUAGACAUGUAAUGUGAAGAUCUUGUUAUGAUUGUCGUAAAAAGAUUUUCCCAGCCUA